AAAAAAAAAGAACACUUUACUACACGUUGCUCUCUACCAUAGUGAUCGUUAAUGUACAGAAAGAGUUGGAGCAAAAAAAACCUGCAACAAAAAAAGAAAAUAUAUUUUCUUCCUUCUCUUUUCUUUCUUACUACUUUAUUCGUAAAAUAAUCGACAUUGAGUAUAUUCUAUCGAAAUAUUUGCAUGAGGAUAUAUAUAUAUUCAAAUGAUAGAUACAGACAUGAAUGUAUGUAUGUGUACAAAGAAUAUGUUUAGAUGAGAAUGCAUACUCAAAUGGAAUUCGAUAAUGAUUUAUAUAGAGAGAAAAGAUUUCUCGGAUCAAUGACUUCAGGUAAAAUACUUUUUAUGACAUGCUCAAUAUAAGAAUUAUUAUUUAAAAGAAGGCGUUCAUGAAAAAAAAUGAAAUUCUCUAGAGAUUUAGAAUAAUUGAUUAAAAAAAAAAUUUUUAUUCAAUUAUUUCUCAUAUCUAUUGCCCACAUAGCUCAGUCGGUAGAGCGUCUCUCUCGUAAAGAGAAGGUCCACUGUUCGAUUCAGUGUUUGGGCAUGAAAAGAAUUUUAUUUUUAUUUGAUUUCUAGUGCCACCUUGGGCUACAAUUAUAGUUAUAAUCAUCGUACUUCUUGCAUUAUGUACAUGUAUAGCAUGUUGUAUUCGUCGUACAUGUCGAAAAUUAUGGAAAAAGAAAGGUGUCAAAGGUGGCAAAGGAAUCGAUUUACAAGCUGUAAAAUCAUUUGGUCUACAUAAAGAAAAGGUUCAACCUGAUAUUGAAGAAUUAGCAACAAAUAUGGAAGAUAAUGAAGAUGCUGAUUCGAAAAAGAGUGAAGCACCUAAUUUAGGAAAAUUAGAAUAUUCACUUGAUUAUGAUUUUCAAAAACAAGAACUUAAAGUUGAAGUUAUUCAAGCUCAAGAAUUACCAGCAAUGGAUAUGAGUGGAACAUCUGAUCCAUAUGUUAAAGUAUAUGUCUUACCAGAUAAAAAGAAAAAAUUUGAAACAAAAGUUUAUCGUAAAACAUUAAAUCCUGUUUUUAAUGAAACAUUCAUAUUUAAAAAUUUGGCUUAUGGUGAAAUUGGUGGAAAAACAUUAAUAUUUGCUGUCUAUGAUUUUGAUCGAUUUUCAAGGCAUGAUCAAAUUGGUGAAGUACAAAUUCCACUUAAUACAGUUGAUUUAGGAAAAGUUAUAAGAGAAAUUAAAGAUUUAACACCACCACCAGGCGAAAAAGAAGCUGAAAAUAAAUUGGGUGACAUUUGUUUUUCACUUCGAUAUGUUCCAACUGCGGGUAAAUUGACAAUUACCAUACUUGAAGCUAAAAAUCUUAAAAAAAUGGAUGUCGGUGGUCUUUCUGAUCCAUAUGUUAAAUUAUCGUUAAUGAUGAAUGGAAAACGAUUAAAAAAGAAGAAAACAUCAAUUAAAAAAUGUACAUUAAAUCCAUAUUAUAAUGAAUCAUUUACAUUCGAAGUACCAUUUGAACAAAUUCAGAAAGUACAAUUAGCAGUUACUGUAGUCGAUUAUGAUCGUAUUGGUACAUCUGAACCGAUUGGUAAAGUUGUUUUAGGUUGUAAUGCAACUGGUACUGAAUUACGUCAUUGGUCUGAUAUGCUUGCAUCACCUCGACGACCUAUCGCCCAAUGGCAUUCACUUAAAGAUCCUGAAGACGGCAAACCAUCAUAA